UUCUAAGUUGUUGAAAUCUUCUUCUUAAAGGUUAAUGAGAAAUUAUUUUAAAUAUUAUUUUCAUAUUGCCAUUUUUUUAUUGAUUGAGGUUUCAAAAAAAAAUCAAUAAAUUAAUAAGUUGUUUUUAAAUGAAAUCUAAAAUACCAUCAUGCGUCCCUUGUUGUAAUGCUAAAGUACGAAGUUAAUCAGGCCCGGUGAUGAGGGGGGGCAACCUGUGCACGUGCACAGGGCCCAAGAUUUUUAGGGGCCCAAUUUUUUUAUAAUGUAUUCAGGAAUUAGGAGUCCACACCCUAAGGCAGAGAAGCGAUCAUUCAAGCGAGGGCAAAGGAUCGAUUACAGACCAACUCAAUAGGUGGUUACACAACAUGUUCAUGCAGCAACAAGAAUGUUUGUUCAUGCAGCAACAAGAAUGUUGUUAGACAUCGGGGUUGGCGUCUGAUGGAGAAAGGGAGACGUCACUCAAGUACGCUGAAGAGUUUAUGGAGAGAGGAUCGACAGUUAACAAAGAAAAAGACUAUGCCGAAGUUACCGAUUGCUUCAGUCAUGCCCUAGAAAUCAGUCUCAGCAACACUAAAAAAGUGGAAAAUGAAGAUGAAGAUGAAGAAGGAAGUGAUGGUGAGGAUGAAGAAGACAAAUCUGGCCUAGAUUUAGCUUGGAAAAUGCUUGAUGUUUCAAGGGCAAUUUGGGAAAAAGAACCAGAUUACACAAUUGAGAAAAUAAACAUUCUUUCAGUUUUAGCAGAGGUAGCCUUGGAAGGAGAAAUUCAGAAUGAAGGCAUGGCAGUGUUGCUUAAGGUCGUUGCUGCUGCUCUGAACCCUGUCGAUUACAAAAGGAGACAUGGAUACUUUAAGGCUACCGAUUCUCCUCUUCCGAUUGUUCCAGGAUACGACGUCGCAGGGGUAGUUGUGAAGGUUGGAAGUGAGGUAAAAGGACUGAAAGAAGGAGAUGAAGUGUAUGGAGAUGUAAACGAAAAAGCUCUUGAUGGACCUAAACAGUUUGGAACUUUAGCUGAAUACGUUGCUGUUGAAGAGAGAUUGUUGGCUUUGAAACCUAAAAACAUGGAUUUUGUUGAAGCUGCUGCUCUUCCUCUUGCAAUUGAAACUGCAUAUGAAGGUCUAGAAAGGGCCGAUUUCAAAGAAGGUCAAUCGAUCCUUGUUCUCAAUGGUGCUGGUGGUGUUGGAUCCUUCGUAAUUCAGCUGGCAAAACAUGUGUUUGGGGCUUCAAAAGUAGCUGCCACAUCUAGUACAACAAAACUCGAAUUGCUUGAAAGUUUAGGCGCUGAUAUAGCCAUCGAUUACACCAAAGAAAACUUCGAAGAACUACCAGAUAAAUAUGAUGUUGUCUAUGAUGCAAUAGGACAAGUGGAGAAAGCUGUGAAGGUUGUGAAGGAAGGUGGUAGUGUAGUGUCCAUAGUGUCCAUAACAACUUCUAUUCCACCACCGGGAUUUAGCUUUGUGCUCACGUCUAAUGGAUCCAUUUUAACAAAACUAAGCCCUUAUUUAGAAAGUGGAAAAGUGAAACCGAUUCUUGACCCUAAAACACCAUUUUCGUUUGAAAAUGUUAAGGAGGCUUACACUUAUCUUGAGAGCCAUCGUGCCAUGGGAAAGAUAGUUAUAUACCCGAUGCCAUGAGUCUAAUUAGUAUAUAUUUUUGUGUUAUAUAAUAUCAAUAAAUAGUGUGGGUUACUUGGUGCUUGUGUUAAGAGUGGAAAUAGAUAGCGUGAUUGUGUUAAUAGUGGAAAUAAAUCAUGAAUGUAUUAAUUUUUCAUUGAAGGCGUUAAGGACUAUCAAAAGGGUGAAAUGAGACAAACAAAUUGAGUAAUGUAAAAAUUACAUUGUAUUCAAGUUUAUGUUGGUUUUAUGUUUGGACUUGAUUAUGUUGAAUUAAUAGUGAAACGAAAG